AUGACGCUAACGCUCCCUCUGACACAGCAACAGAAGCAGCAACAGCAUCAGCAGCAGCAGCAGCAGGAGCGGCAGGAGCGACAGCAGCAGCAGCAGCAGCAGCAGCAGCAGCAGGAGGAGACCUUUCCAGCCUCACACCCCUCUUCCUCCACUCCGACUCCUCCCUCACAGAAGAGGCGCUCAACUGUAGCAGCUGCCCGGGCAGAACACGCAGGGGGGAAGGGGCAGGGCGGGCAGGGUGGGAAGGGCGGGAACAGUGCUGCUGGGGAGGGAGGGGUGGGGAAGUCGAGGUAUUACGGGUUUGGAGGGGCAGGGGGUGGGAAGGGGAGAGGAGGAUCGAUGGAGGAGCGGUUUGAAGGGCUCGUGCCGGGCGUGCUGAGUGCGGAGCUGCGGGCUGCCAUGGGCAUAGGGGAUCGCGACCCCCCUCCAUGGCUCAGGCGAAUGAGGGAGCUGGGCUACCCUCCUGGCUAUCUUGGCUAUCAAGAGGAGGAGAAGGCAGAGGUGAAAGGCCAGGAACCAGCAGCAGGAGCAGAGAAGGCUUCGAAGGAGGAGGGAGAGGACACUGAUAGCGAGGCAGGAGAAAUCCCAGCAGAGACCAACGCUGAAGGAAAACCAGUCAACGAGAAAGCUGCUGCUGCUGCUGCUGCUGUUGAAGAUUCGAAUGAGUUCAAGUCCCUUGCUCUUGUGCUGGACGAUGCUUCUGAGGAAGGUUCCCUUGAUGCUGAUGGUGGUGGUGAUGGGGAGGGGGGGCGUGAAACGACUCCUGAACCGGAACCUUUCCUUGUUCCUACUGUCGAGUUUCCGGGUCUGAAUGCCCCUCCUCCUGAGGGUGCGGAUGAAUAUGCGUGGGGAGGGAGGGGGUGGCGGGCGGAUUGGGAGGAGAGUGAGAGGAGGAGGAGGUUGAGGUAUGAGGAUGAGAGGUGGGAGGAGGAACGGCGGAGGAGGCGAGAGAGGGAGGAGAGGGAGAGGGGUAAGGAGGGAAGGAAGGAUGAGGAUGAGAGGGAGAGGAAGCGGAGGAGAAUGGCUAGGGAUGGUUCUGCUGAUGAGAAGAGAGAGGGAGGUAAGAAUGAUAGGGAGGGAAGGUCGGGAAGGGAUAGGAAUGGUGAGAAGGACAGGGAAGGGGAUAGAGACAGAAGAAGGGACAGGAGCAAGGAGAGGGGAAGGGACAGAAGCAGGGAGAGAGGCAGAGACAGAAGCAGGGAGAGGGGCAAAGACAGGAGCAGGGAGAGGGGCAGAGACAGGAGCAGAGAGAGAGGAAGGGACAGAAGCAGGGAGAGGCGGCAGGAGAGAAGCAGGGAGAGGAGAAGAGAGACGAGUAAGGAAAGGGGCAGAGACAGAAGCAAGGAGAGAGGAAGAGACAGGAGCAGGGACAGAAACAGAGACAGGAGUAAGGAGAGGAGCAAAGAUUGGAGCAGGGAGAGGAACAGAGACAGGAGCAGCGACAGAAAGAGGGACGCGGAUGAGAAGAGGAGGGAGGAGUGGAGCCCUAUUAGGCAUGAGGAUGACAGAGCCAAUGAUCGAUAUGGAGGUGCGUGUGGUGCUGCUACCAGUCCGCCUUCUGCUUUUCUCUCUGCUUUUGAGGCUGCCCCUCCAAGGGGGGAAGGGAUUGUGGGAGUGGUUAAAGACGCAAGGGGGGUUGUCGGUGCUAGUGCUAGUUCGGCGGUGCUGUCAUGGGCGGCUGGGAUUGAGAGUGAGUGUGGCGAUGAUGGUGGCGGUGAUGUGCAGCUGGACACGUACCAAGACUACAAUCAAGGGUCAGCAGCAAGAGGAGCUAUCGCUGAAGCACCACCUUCAACCACCACUUAUUCCGGAGCAGCAGCAGCUUUCACCCAGACUCCAGGAUAUUCGCAAGUACCAUUGCAGUAUACGUACAGUCAUGGCCAGUCUGUGAUCUAUCCUCCUCAGCCCCCACCUCCUACCCAGCCCACUGCAAUUCCCGCUCCUAUGCUUUACCUCCCGCCAUCACAAACACUCUACCCGCCUGGAACAACCAACCAUCCUCCUCUUCCGCCUCUUCCUGCUGGCCCUCCCCCUCCCCUGCCUGACAGCUCUUCUUAUCCCCCGUUGCCUCCCGGACCCCCCCCUCCAUUAUACCCCUAUCCUGCAUCUUCUCCGCCUCCACCUCUCCCAGCAGCACCACCACCUUUCACUCCUCCCCCGCCUGCGUAUCCCCCUCCUCCCUCACCUGCAUUCUUGUCCCCACCUGCGGGAGAAGCUGUGACUCCCCCACCUUACCUGCCUUCAUAUCAAUGGUGA